CAUUUUUUUACAAAAAUAAUGUCAGGCGGUAUUUUUUACUUUUUUACUGUGUUUUUUUAUAAGUUUCAUACUGCAGUAUACUGUGUUAAGUUUUCACUGAUGUUCUAUUGGUGUUUUACUAGUGUUCUACUGUUGUUUUGAGUUGUUCUGCUUUGUGUUUUAUUGGUGUUUUAUAAAAACGCAGUAUUUUUGAAAAAAUUUCCGUGUGAUAGUAUUUUUGUAAAAGUUAACCUAAAUUCCAGUAUUUUUAUAAAUUUUCCAGAUUUUUUCACAAAUAUCCCUUCUAAUAAUAAUAAUAAUACUUAAUUUUAAUUUUUGAAUUCAAACAUAAAUUAAUUAUUUAAUCCAUAUUUUAAAAUUUAACCGUUUAUAAUCAAAUUAAGCUAGAUAUUAUCUUUUUUUUACAUAUAUAAAGCCACAAUUAUAAACGAAUUAUGUUUUUGAGUAACACAAAUUUCAUUAUUUAGUAUAAAUAAAUGUAUGUGUUACAUUUACACUAAACUAUAACUCAAAUCUUUUUUAGUCGAUGUAAAAUCCUAACGUAUCUCAGUUACCCUUAUAAUCUCAUUCCCCAAAGUUACAUAAUUACUUGUAUAAUCUUGUUUUUUUUUCUCCUUUAGAAAUUUCUACUCCAAUGUCAAUGGCCACCACUAUCCUCAUUCCAGGUCUCCCAAACGAAUUGGCAUUGGACAUUCUAGCUCGAAUACCGAGACAAUACCAUGCAAUCCUCUCAUCUGUAUCAAAAUCCAUCAGAUCUGUCAUCUCAUCUUCGCAGUUGUUCGCCAUAAGAUCUCAACUCAACUUCACCGAAAACUUGCUAUAUUUCAAGGUUCGUUUCGCCUUUAUUGACACGAAUGAGUGGUUCGCUAUUUACAAAAACCUCGAUCGUCUUCAAUUUGCUCGAAUCCAGGCGAACCCGUCUAAGUUGACGGGUUCUGCCUAUGCUGCUAUGGGCCCCAACAUCUAUGCCAUUGGUGGCCGCGUGAAUGAGCACCUUUGCUCUUCUGACGUAUGGAUAUUGGAUUGUCGUUCCCACACGUGGCAUCGGGGCCCAAGCAUGCGUAUACCGCGCUCUGAAGCUAGCAUAGCUAUAGUGAGGAACAAGAUUUAUGUGAUUGGAGGUAUGAAAAACGAAACAUUGGUUGAAGUGUAUAACACAUUGAUUGAACAGUGGGAAAUUAUUUUAAGCCCUUAUGACGACGACAGUCGCAAAAGGUCGUUAAAAGUUUUAGACACUGUGGACGAUAGAUUUAUCGUCAUUUGGGACAUGUUGAGUUGUCAAGUGCACCGGUUGGAUACCGAGACUAAAAAGUGGGAGAAGUCAAAAAAUUUGGUAGCGUAUCAUCGAACAAAAAAUGAUUGUGUAGUGGAUGGGGUGUCUUAUGACAACGGGGGUAAUGCGUAUCAGGAAAUUUGUUUUUACGACAGUAAAAAAAAGACGUGGAAACCGAUUAAAGGUGUAUUGGAAAGAAAGAAUAUUAUGUUUUCUAAAUUGGUGAAUUUGAAUGAGAGGUUGGUUGUGAUGUGGGCAGAGAUUGUAAGAGAAAAAUAUGUCGAGUUAUGGUGUUCAGAAAUCGAUAUCACAAAAAAUAGAGACGGGAAUUUGUUGGGUAGGGAGGUUCGUAAAUUUCCUUUGCAUCCACAAAAGGCUUCACAUUUGACCUUAAGAAGCUUGUAUGAACAAAGAUCAUAUGGAUUUUGUUUCAAUAUACAAACUUUUUCAGUUACUUUGUGAAAAGUGAAGACUAUUACAACAACAAUAUAUAUGUGUUUACUCAUUUUGUUUAGUUUUUAUAUUAAUAAUGAUAAUGGGAUUUAAUUGAUUAGUUCAUAGAUAACUUUUUGUUUUGGAGCUUAUUUUAGUGUUUAGUAGAAGACGCAUAAUUUGAAUUUGGAGGUUGAAAUUUGAUUUUCUAUAUUGAUUUUUGUUCUUCUUAUGGUUGAUUAAUAAAAAUAUUAAAAACAUAAUAUUUAAAUAAUAUAGAGAUAUAAUAGAUAAGUUGAGAGAUAGUAUGGUAAACAAAGAGUGAUCUAUAA